AAACACACUUCACGGUAAAAAGCUUUUUAAAAAUUCCACACUAUAAUGUAUAUGACACCAAACAUCCUUCUGGUAGGGGCCAUGGAGGUUCUGCGAUAAUUAUCAAGCAAGACAUCAAGCAUUUCUUCCUAUGCUCGUUCGCCGACGUCCACAUACAAGCUACCGCCGUAACUAUAAUUACAAAUUGUGACAACAUUACACUCUCAGCUAUCUAUAGUCCUCCAAAACAUAAAAUAACGGUACAGCAAUACGAAAGCUUCUUCAAAUUAUUAGGUAAUAAAUUUAUUGCAGGUGGAGACUAUAACGCUAAACAUAAAUUAUGGGGCUCAAAAACAACCACACCACGAGGUAAAGUUUCAGAACGAACUAUACGAAAACUAUCUUUGGAUACAAUAUCAACCGGUGAACCAACAUACUGGCCAUCGGCACAAGAAAAAACUCCAGACUUACUAGACUUUGCAAUCACUAAAGGUUUACACAAACGCCACUUUGUAGCCCGUUCGUGCCUAGAUCUUACAUCAGAUCACUCUCCAAUUCUUAUAGAUUUUUCAUCUAAACAAAUGUUCACGUACGGAACAAACCACUUAUACAACAAUAGCACCUUAAAUUGGACCCAAUUUAAGGAUCACCUUGAAAUUAAAAUAAAUUGCAACAUACCACUAAAAACACCUGAACAAAUUGAAACAGCAGUUAUGAACUUCACUGGCAUAAUACAAGAAGCAUGCUGGAUAGCCAUUAAACAAACUGGAAACGAUAGAAAAUAUCUAUCCUUCCCUGACUAUAUUCUGCAGAAAAUAAAGAUGAAACGAAAAUUAAAAAACAUUUGGCAAAAACGCAAAACACAACUCAACAAAAGCAGAUUAAACGCCAGUACUAAAGAAGUGAAACAAUUAAUACAAAACUACCUCAAUACUGAAUUUCACAAUUACAUAACAAAACUAUCACCCAACGAGGACACGAAUUAUUCACUCUGGAAAGCCACCAAAAGAUUGAAAAGGUCAGCCAUUCUGCUACCUGCUAUAAAGAAAAAUGACUCUAGCUGGGCUAGGAGCAGGCUUGACAGAGCAAAUGUUUUUGCUGAACACUUACAACACACUUUUAAACCAAAUACAGGUAGCUGUAAUAUUACUCCACAAGUAACUCCGCAGCCCACAACUGAGUACCAGGUACAAAUUAUAUCACCAACUACGUUUUACUACUACCUCACCGGCAGGAACUCCAAGCUGAGCACGAGCAAUAAACUCCUCAUCUAUAAAACAAUAAUCAAGCCAAUCUGGAUGUAUGGGAUUGCAUUAUGGGGUACGUCCGCCAAAAGCCACAUAGCAAAAAUGGAAGCGUUACAGUCCAUAAUUCUUAGAAUCAUUGUCAACGCUCCUUAG